GUUUUCGUUACAGAUGGCGCUCGCGUGUGACAGGUGUUCGAGGUUGGUGAAAGCUCGAAAAAAAGGCCAGUUUUUUCGUUUCGCACGAUUAUCUCACAGACAUUUCGUAAUAAAAGUGUUUCUUUAAUGUUGUUUUAUCACCCGCGACGCAAAAGUUCCACCAUGAAGCCCCCAUUUCACGUUUAACGAAAUGGCGCCAUAAGUGUAUACAACCUUUUAAUUUUUCUUGUGUGUUAUUUUAUUUUAUCGACUAAUUCUACAUUUUUAAGAUGGACCUGACGCCCCCUCACGACCUCAAGCCUCUCCAAGACAGGAAGCCCCCUCGCAAUCUCCACUCAACCCCCGUGACCCAUUUCUCGCGUAAACGCAAACUCGACGAGACUCUCGACUUGACGGCGAGCCCCAAGUUCUCAAGUACCUUGAACGAGUCUCUCAUUACCGAUCUCAAGGAUAUUUGCCUUGUGGGGUCGCUUCCGAGUACUCCCGAGAAGCAGCGUAGUUUGUUGGGUAAAGCUGUGUCGUCGCCGAUUCAGGAGUCGCGGAAGAUUCUGUACAGUAGUAUUAAGAUUGUGAAGCCGGAGCGGGAGAGGAGGGUUGGAUUGAUUCGUAGCAGACAUGUUCCUAGUAACAAUCAGUUGCUCAACCGUAUACUUAAUAUUAAUGUUAUUAUGGACGUUGUUUUCAAGUAUUUGUCAGGGGGGGAUUUGUACAGGUUCAGUUUAGUGUCUCAGUCAUUCCAUAAGGCUUUAGAGAAGAAUGCUAAUGCGUUUCAGAGGUACAUGGUGUACAGGGCGAAUUAUAAGGAUAAUAAGGAGAAUUAUGUGAUCACUCCGCCGGGGUCCCCGGAGAAGUGCGACAGCCCGCCUCGUACGAGUAGUGAGAAUCUCAAUAAAUUUAUCAGGAUCGCCAAGUGCCUCAACCGCUCCCAAAGCCUCACCAGAUGCCGCAAGUGCGACGGUGUCGCCGUGGUCGAAAACGACAUCAGCCAAUGCCAGAACGUCGUCGCCUGCGGCCUCAUCUACUGCCUCCGCUGCUCGAGCGCCUCCGAAACGGGCGCCAAAGACUUCAAGGACGCCUGCGGCCACGCCAUCCUGCGGCCUAAGCUCGGCAACAUGAGCAACCACAUGGAGGACUCCUCCUUCUUCAAUUUCUCCAACCAAGAUUCGGGCUUUUACUCCGAAAACGAGUCGCCCCCGAAGGUGCGGAGGAACCUGUUUUCCACGAGUACGGAAACCCCCAAAGCUUUGACCAUCAACAACAAGAACAAAAGUCGGGUCGUGGUGACGUACAAGAAGAAGGAGACGAUCUCGUACGUGCCGGUCGUUCCCAAUAAGGAGCACAUUCGCAUACCGAUGGAUGGUGACAGUCCGCCGAGGUACCAGUACGCGGUCGGGUCCAAGGAGAGCAAGAAGAAUUUGAAAAGACUAACGCGUUAGCAUCACGUUCCAUGAUUGUGUGAUAUUGAUAAUUUAUAACGUUGUAAGACAAAUUUGUAUUUGUUUUUUUUUUUUUUUUGUUUAUUUUUUUUAGUAUUCCCAGUGAUUAGUAAGGUUAAGUGUAAGCAUGUUUUUGAUAAAUUUCAGUUUUUUUAA